UAUUUGUUUUGGCAAUAUUAGCCUACUACCUUGGAACAACUCAGUAUAUAACCAUACGAGGUAAGCAUCGAAAUGUGAGUGCAAAAAAAAAAAAGACAGUUCGUUUACUCAGUUUGGGUUUACUGGGGAAAGUCGCAAAAUAAUUACAGAAAAGAAUGGGAAAUUAAAACCCAAUUAAGUGGCCACCUCCAUAAAGCGGCCGCGGCCACCUUUUGGUCGUCCCAACGAGAGUUCUCUCUUAGCUUGACCUUAUUUUAAGAAAAUGAUGAAGGAAAAUACAGCCCAAGAUAGAAGAUGACGACCGAUUGUGGACCAGUAAUUCUUCUCCAGUCGUGCGUCUCUGUCUCUUUUUUUUUUAAGUAAUGUUUCUGCUAAAGAUUAUGCUAAUUUAUGACAAACCAAUUGCUGGUACCCUGAAGGUUGCCGCGUAAUGGAGGUUCAACUGUGGUUAAAUACCUGCAACGUGUUCUGUUGCACCUCAUUUUUAACUCUGCUUUGCAGUAAUAGGAGGCUAGAGGUCUGGGAGCUUUCUUUUGCCUCGCACUAGUCAUAUGUUUUCCCAGCGCUUUUUACCAGUUCGAAGAUACGGCCUGCCUCGUUCCUUGGCGUCUUAAGUGUUUGGAAAACGGAAAACGCGACUACGAGUAUUGCGCAAUGGGACCAUGGGCACGUUUAGCUUUGACGCAAAGGACGCUGGGAGCGAGAGUUUUUCUCUUCGUCUUUCCCAUGAUACCUAGCGCGGAAACGAAAUCGCUCCAGUUGUUCUCGAAUCUGCUAGAACGUUUCUGGGUACGAGGUAGAGAUAGUACUAGGUUAUCGGUUACAUCGAUGAUGCCAAACAAAAACCUACUAGUAUUGCCCGACUAUAGCCAGCCUCUGUGAACAAAAAAAAAACGUCCAAAGCGCUUUAAUUGUAUGUGUUUCAAACCUGCAGUGAGACGCAAGAAUUAUCCUUAUUUUUGAAUAUUUUGGUUACACAUAAUCAAAGUUUUUUUCUUCUUUUAAAAGGAAAUCUCGUCAACUUAAACGCGGACACAGUUAUUCAAUACUUCAGAAACAACAAAAAGAGUAAGGAAAUAGAUGAGCGCACAGAGGAAUUCAUCAUAAAUUCAAGCAACACCCAAGAGAAAGUACGACACAAAGACAAGAAUGGAGUAAAAUUCACAAACUUAGAAAAUAUGGCUACUGUAAAAAACUCUGAAAGAUCGCAGGUAGAUAGAAUUUUAAACGCAGUUUUAAGCACAAAGCUAAACGGAAAUCUGUCGCAAAGAGGAGCGAAUAGAAACGCAACCCAUUUUACCUUACUAAAACAAGUACAGCAUUCAAAAAGCCAAAAGAUGGCACUUUUCACUUCGAGUACCAAAAAGCCACACGGUUCAAGAAGGUCACAACUUUCUGAGAAGAUCCAAAAUCAAGAUUCAGAAUCAAAAGUCUCGGAUCAGAUCACAGCAUUCGGAAAAAAGGAGAAGUUUAAUUUCGAUAACUGGUAUAAAGAGCGGACCACCGAGAUAUGCGGAACUGGCUGGCAAGAAAACUAUCGCAAACUUCAUGAAGAAAUAUUGAGCAAGCGACGGGAAGAAAAAUAUUUGGUUUAUUUAUGUCCAGGAACGCGGCAAGGUUGCUGUGGUUACGGAAAUCGACUUCGGGCAGUGGUGUCUUUGUUUUAUCUCUCAAUUCUGACAGACAGGGCUUUUUUGAUUGAUUGGCGUGCGCCUGAACCAAUAGAAAACCAUUUGUUGCCACGAAACAUCCAGUGGAAUUACUCGGAGCCCAUUGAUCUUUGCACAGGGCUGCCAAUACGGAAACAUUAUUGGGGAACAACGAAGACCGACAUUAGAGAAGCAGAAGGUUGGAUUAUUCAAGAUGGCAGUCAUUUUAAAAAAUGGUUGACUACAACAGAGUUGGCAAAUUACUUCACCUGGCCAGUCGAGGAAAUAACUACUAUCUGGUACUUCGCAGAAGGAGGAAUCACAUUAAAUCCUUACUUACUAAAAAGAGCAAAAGAAUUGGGAGUAAAGCCAUUGAUUUCUAACACGCCGAAGUAUAAUCUCAUAGGAUGUGCUUUUGAUUUUUUGUUCUCGAAAUCGGGCGCAGUCUCGAACAAACUUGACGAGAUGAGAAGACAGCUUAAAUUUGAUGCAGGGCCAAUUAUUGGAAUACACAUACGAACAGGCGAUGAUCAAUUUGAUUAUUACUCGUCAGAUAACGAGCGAACUGGGAACUCCAAAAACAUUUCUCAACUCUCAAAAUUCUUUGAUUGCGCGCGAAAGAUAGAAAGCCAAAUCUUUGGAAAUGGGACAUUCGAAGCAUCAAAAGUACGAUGGUUUGUUUCAACGGACAACGCUUUUGUGAGGAAAUAUGUCCAGAAAAGUUACCGUCGAAAAGUUAUCACUUCUAAUCUAACGAUCCAACACUUGGACAUUCUCCACAACACUACCGUAUUAAACUUCACGGCAGAAUGUAACUAUACGGACAGUUCUAAUACUACAAUGGUUUGUUACAACGUUGAAAUAUUUAAUGUCACAGCCUACUGUGAAAACCGCACAAAAUAUUGGCUGGAAGCUGAAAGCAACUCUACUGCAAAUGAAACAGGUCUCUAUACUGACGGAAUCAUAGCGAUGCUAGUUGAUCAUUUUCUAUUAGCAGAGAGUGAUCUUCUAAUAUUGUGCGACAGCAGUUUUGGCUCCACAGCGGUUGGUUUGAGCAUGCGCAACACGUAUAGUUAUACUUUGGCUGAUCGGGGUUGUGUUGAACUGGCAGCAGCUCAGAAAAACGGGAGGUUGAGGUAUUUCGGACGGAGAUAA